AUGGCUGAUUACGAUAGUGAUUCGUCUGAAGCUGACGAUGUCGCGACUAACGUACUACUAGGCUACGCCUCCAAGGAACCGACUUCGGACGACUUCAGCCAGCUAGGCGGACAUCCAAAAUGGCUCGAUGAUAUCUCUGCACCAGACGGCAAGCUCGCUGAAUGUCUAGUGUGUCAUGGGUUGAUGAACCUACUAUUGCAGAUUAACGGUGAUCUUCCUGCAGAAUUUCCUGGGCAUGAACGCAGACUCUACGCUUGGAUUUGCAAAAGGAAGCCAUGCAGACGGAAAGCAGGCAGUGUUCGAGUGUUCAGGGCGACGAGGCGAACCAGAGUAGAUCAGCCGAGGCCAGCCGUCACGGCAUCAAGCACCGAGUCCCGGGCAGUCGAGCCGCAAGCCUCCCGAGAACCGGCCAACGUUGGUGAGAUGAUCUUUGGUGUCAAAGCAAAGCGGGCCGAGGGCGCCAACCCGUUCUCAUCUUCCGCGACAGCAACCGCAGCGGGUGCCAACCCAUUCGUAAGGUCUUUGUCACCAGCCCCGGAAUCAGCACAGAAGUCUGGAGUAGACUCGCUGUCCGAGACAUUUGCGCAGAAGGCGCGAAUGUCAAGCACAGAUCUUCCCGCUACUACACGACGAACGACUGGCCCUGCACAGCCAUGGCCGGUCAAGGCAACAUUUCCGGAACCGUUCCCUGCGUACUACAUCGAUGCAGAUAAGGAGUACCUCUAUGCAACCUCGCAGGAUCUGCCAUCCAGAGCGAGACUGGAUCCGAACGCGAUGGAAACGGAACCUGGGAGUAGCUCCACUGAUGAAAAGGCGGCUUUCGAGAGCAGUAUGGACAAGACGUUCCAGCGCUUUGCUGACCGUUUGGCUCAGAACCCGGAGCAGGUGCUUCGCUACGAGUUCGGUGGGCAGCCGCUCCUCUACUCACGGACUGACACGGUAGGUAAACUCUUGGCACCUCUGCAGGACGUGGCAAGCAUCAAAGCGCGGGCCGCUGGAAACGGGUCGCUGAUGAGACCAUCGCGGUUUCCACGGUGCACAAACUGUGGUGCCGCGCGAACAUUUGAGCUUCAGUUGACCCCUCACGCAAUAACGGAACUGGAAGCGGACGAGCUAAGCCUGGACGGCAUGGAUUGGGGCACCAUCAUUCUCGCGGUUUGUGGUGCAGACUGUCAGGACGGGCAGAAGAGCGAAGACGACAUAGGCUAUGUCGAAGAAUGGGCGGGUGUGCAGUGGGAGGAAAUAGCCGACAAGCGACGUUCCUAA